GCUCUGUCGAGUUGGGUUGUGUGUUCAUGUAUGCAUGUGAUUUGAAACUCUUUCCUGGUGGCAACAUUCAUGUGCGACUUGUCGUUAUUGUCUGAAAUCCAAAACAGGAUAGACUCAACGGACACUGUCCACGAACAGAUAGACACGUCCCUGUUUGUUACGCCUAGCUCCGUGGCGGAGAGGCUGUCAAAAAUGGCUGUGGCACCGAACAGUUCAGAUGCGUGCCUGAGUAUCGUUCACAGCCUGAUGUGUCACCGACAAGGGGGUGAGUCAGAGUCGUUCGCGAAGCGGGCCAUUGAGUCUCUCGUGAAGAAACUCAAAGAAAAAAGAGACGAGCUAGACGCCUUGAUCACCGCUAUAACCUCUGGCGGCACGCAUCCUUCCAAAUGCGUUACAAUUCAACGCACCUUAGACGGAAGAUUACAAGUCGCCGGUCGGAAAGGUUUCCCCCAUGUCAUUUACGCGCGAAUCUGGAGGUGGCCCGAUCUGCACAAGAAUGAACUAAAGCACGUCAAGUACUGCCAGUUUGCGUUUGAUUUGAAGUGUGACAGCGUUUGCGUGAAUCCUUAUCAUUACGAGCGAGUCGUCUCACCGGAUAUUACGGGAUUGGCAUUGUCGAGGAAUCCAGAUGGGGCCUAUGCCAGUAAUUCUCAGUCAGAUCCAGACUUCCGCCAAGCUGUUGGUCCAACAGCACAUCAUUAUCCAGGAAGCCAAACAAUUCCUUCAGUUGUUGGUUCUCCACACGACAUGUACCCUGCAAUGCACCCAUCAGGAGAUCCUUCUAUGGGUCAUGUUGGCUCAGGACCUCCUGGUUGGGGUGCACCAGGUUCUGCCACAUACAACCCUGGACCACACCCUGGGGCUGGUUAUUGGACUCAGGAUCAGACAUCAGAGGUCCAAGAUGGCGCUCCAAUAUCGAAACACCCUCCUCCAGAGAACUGGUGCUCGAUAUCAUACUUCGAACUAGACCAGCAGGUUGGAGAGAUUUUCAAGGUGAUGUCUUCGUGUCCUUCAGUGACAGUGGAUGGUUAUGUCGAUCCCUCGGGCGGUAACAGGUUUUGUCUCGGUCAACUCUCCAACGUCCAUAGAACCGAAGCGAGUGAGAAGGCGAGGCUCCACAUAGGAAAAGGAGUCCAGCUAGAUAUAAGAGGCGAAGGUGAUGUCUGGGUGAGAUGUCUCAGUGAACACAGCGUCUUUGUACAAAGUUAUUAUUUAGAUAGAGAGGCAGGGCGUUGCCCCGGGGACGCUGUUCACAAGAUCUACCCAUCUGCGUACAUUAAGGUGUUUGACUUGCGUCAGUGCUAUCGACAAAUCAAGCAACAAGCUCAUGCUGCCCAGGCCGCCGCUGCAGCUCAAGCCGCAGCCAUUUCCACCGGUGUGGGGCCUGGUGCCUUGUUACCCCAGAUUGGAAUGAGCGUGGGUGUCGAUGAUUUGAGAAGGCUUUGUAUUCUGCGACUGAGCUUCGUGAAAGGUUGGGGACCUGACUACCCAAGAAAAAGUAUCAAAGAAACGCCUUGCUGGAUAGAGAUUCAUUUGCAUCGGGCGUUACAACUUCUCGAUGAGAUAUUGAUCACAAUGCCGAUCAACGAGCCCCGUCCACACGACACGUGAUUGACAUGUAAAUACACUUUGUUGGCUUCGCUGACAGUGAGUGAAACGGCUGGCAUGGCUUUGUUUGUUAUAUCAUUUUUUACAAAUUAUUUAAUUUCCCUCUCUUCCUAAGGAACGGCCAUUUUGUAAGCGUUUUUCGCACCUCUCGCUAUUUCGUCCGAAAGGCAAAAUGAUCGGUUCUGUCAUGAUUAGUUGAGGUCAUUCGAAGAGUAUUCAAAUUCUCUGUGUGGGAUUAUUGAUAACACCGAUAACUUUAUCAUAAGUUACUUCGAAGGUCUGUUAAAUGAUAACCGUUAAACUGUCUUCGCAAAAGCUCUAUUGAACUUCAUUCACUCCUCAUGGAAACAAGUGUGAGUAUGUUAAAAAAGGGAGGGGUGGUUCGAUUGGGGAGAUCAGUGUAUAUCUGAAAUAGUUAUUAUGCAACUGAAAUCUUCCUUGGUGGAAAUUAGGUUCUUGGCUUUAAAUCAGCUCUUACAAAAGUUUCUAUUGGGGAAAAAGACUUGAUCGCAGGCAUUGGUUUCAUAAUGCUGGAGAACAAGAAUCGUACGCUUGCGCCCUCGAAAGAGGCUGGGGGCGGAAGGCUUUUUAAAACUUUAAUUCUAAUUUAACAAGAUUAAUAGAACUUUAACGAUGUAUUAGAAUGAAUAUAAACAUUGUCAUUUGAAGUGAGAUCUUAUCCUACAACAGCACAACUUAAGUGCGAGUUAUCAGCGAUUGCCUUAGGCUUUCCAUUUAUCUCCCUGAGUUGUCCCUAAUUAACCAAAGGAAGAUUCAUAAAUAUAAUUAACCGGCUGUGUAAAGGUUCUGCAUCUCAAAUGCAUUUGAUCAACUUACUUGCUAAGAGAGUCAACUUUUUAAGAGCAAUUGAGGUGCUCAAAACGAUGUGUGGUUGUUUUUCCUAUGUGUGAUAGGGUCAAGCAAAUUCUUGAAUGUUCGUUUUAUGUUCAAGUACAGAAUUAUCAACUGACAUCUAAAGAGUAGAUCAGAGUGAUCUCUUAUGAUUUAUUAUGAUAAAGAAUAAUACUGUUUGCUUUAGGUUAAAAUGGUGUGUCUUAACCAGACUAAGAGCAUUUUCUUGGUUAUUUUUAUAAGCUCUCAACGCGAUGGGAAAUACUUUACCGAGCCGAUGAGUUUUACCCAACUGUUAAGGUAAACAAGGGUAUGCUAAUAGUUUGGUUAAAUUUCGUACACCUUCCUGCUUGCUGUUUACUUGAUCAAACAACUGUUUAAGUUAAACUUGCAUCCUGAUUAGUUGAGGUCAUUCGAAGGGUAUUCAAAUUCUCUGUGUUGGAUUACUGAUAACACCGAUAACCCUUAGAAGGAAGGAAAGCCGGCAGGUGUACACACACGAAAAAACCGGGCUCCCCCAGGCUAAAGCUCUGGAUCCACCAUUGAUAUAUUUAUCAGAAUGACAACCGAGUGAAAGUAGGACCGUAAAAUUAAUUGAAACUUUUUUGCCAGCGACAAAUUUAAGCACUCCCUCUUUGACAGUUCACGAAAUGAAUUUCGGACUUGUGCGUGAGUGAAGGAUGUAUAGCAGAGCGCUUUUUUAGGGAGUAUCGUAGAACACGAAACCAAAAUAAUCAUAGCAGCCAAUCAGGGAAAUGGUCGUUAUCACAAAGAGGCAAUGAGAACUCGUGGUUAAAAUAAGUGCGUUAAACGCGAUUAAACAAGCUGCCUAUAGUACAAGUUUCAUCUAUCAGAUCGGUUGAGAAGAUUGCCCAAGUUUUCUAGACCAAUCAAAGCGAAGCAUGGCAAAAUCAAUGCAAAUACGGAUUACAGCGACACUUGUUCUCGACCCACAGUCCUACAAACUUUUCUGAAUAUGAAACACUUUUAACUCCAAUUUCAGCGAUGAUACUAAUUAGCGUCGGGGAAUCUUCAUUAUAUAAAUUAGUUUUCGAUGUAAUCACUUUUUCUUCUUGGUCGCCACUUUGGAGAAGUUUCUCUGGCACGUGCUUUGCUUUAUUUUGCUAAUAUAGCUCUGUUAUAAGUGAAAUGUUUCCAACAUUUUUAAGCAACGAAUUUCAUGUAUACAUGAAAAAUGUUGCAUUGUAGAUAACUCAGUGAUAGAAAUGUAUUUUCGUAAAGUUAAUGAGCUUUAUAGACUUAAUUUCUUAAGUCAAAUUGUAAAUUUACUCAGCGAUUUGUCUUUCAAAAAGUCUUUAUUAAGGUAUGUAAAAUGUAUUAUUGCUUGAUUUUAGACUACGAAGAGAAUUUAAGUCGUGGGGUCGGUUACAGAAAUUUUUCAUAUUGUUUUAUCUAUAUAGCAGUUCGUCAAUAACUUAUGAAGUAAAUACGAAAAUUGAUAGAUGUAGUUAAGCUUCUCUAAAUGGUAAAUGCCAACAUUCUUAGCUGUAGCUAGGUUGAAAAUUCCUUAGUCGCUUUUUCUGAUUUCUGAUUGAUUGAAUUAUCGGGUAACUGUACUGGCAAAUUAGAUAAGUAAUUUUCAUUUUUCUCCAAAGCUUUCUCCAUAAAAGCUGUUAGAUACUAGGUUAAGCAUCAUAUGCAUAAAGUCAAUGUUUUUUGUCUUGCAAACGAAAUAUGACUCGGAAAGAAAACACCGAUUCGCUGGAAAUCUUUUUGACGAAUUUAUUUCUGCUAGCCCGUUCAUUUGAUAAGGAUGUUAAUUUACUGAUAUUGUUCAACUUAGCAGUGAUAGUUCACGUAUCCUUGCAGACUAUCAGCUCGUUCCACUGCUACUGUAUUUCUUCCCAACCUCCUGUACAGUAAGAAAACAAAUAAACUGUCGUUAGUAUAAUUAAAACAACGAAAUGUCUC